AUGUCCUGCUGCUCCAAGAUUCCUCAAACCGCAGACAAGGAACUUGAUGAAAACGGUGUGUACCUGGAGAACAUUACCAAAACCUUUAAGCUUUUUGAGAAGAGUAUUGCCGAAACCCUCAACACAUACCAAAUGUUGAUGAAUUCAUUCGAGAAGGUGGCACAAUGCUUUGUGGAAAUCGCGGGGGGAAGCAGCAAGAACAUGGUGGGCUUGGCUGAUGGGUUUAAAGAGGGAAUGCGGAAGCUGAGGGAUGGGCCGACUCUAUCAGGAUUGCAGAUGGAUAUCACACGUUAUGUGAAGGAAGGCCUCCCACCUCUUAUGGCCGAACGGAAUAAAGUCUACAAGCUGUACAAGCGCGCGAAGGAGUUGAAGAAAGCGGAGGAUACGUAUCGCUACAAGAUUGGCGAAAUGGAGAAGGAUUUCGCAAGGAAGAACCGUCCGCUUGGCGAAAGCAAGUCCUACGUCAAGUUGGGUAAAAAUCGCGAACGCGCAACCAUUAAAUACCAGGGAAAGAAGCAGGAAUUUGUGACUGCCAUGGAAAUGUUCAAAGAUCUCGUUGAACGGUUUCUGGGGACCUCGCUGCCUGGAUAUGCGGCGUGCACAAGCUCCUUCUCGAGGCAUUUGGGGCAAGUGAUGGAGGCAUACGUCUCGGGUGAGCAUUCGAUUAGCUCAGCCAAUGGAAGCCCCUUGAACCAGUCGAAACACAGACCGUCACAGAGGAAUUCCGAUUCAACUGUGGAACAAUUGGCCCACGAAAAUCAAGGAAAAAACCCACUCUCACUUGAAGAGCAGUAUUACCAAGUUGAAUAG